UGUCACAUGGUUUUGGAAUGGUAAUGAGAUGGAUAAAGUCGGCGUGUCCAUGAUGGUGUUGGUGUUGGUAUUGAUGUGCUUCUCUGUUACUAAUGGAGAUGAAGAAGAGGAGAGGAAGAAAGCAUCUUUGUGGGAGUGGGAGAAACUCAGAACUGCUUACCCUGCCUAUUCAGCACUUUUUUCUUCAAAUAUUGCUCGCACUUUUAAGGGCCUUCUCACUCAUUUCUUUCGUCCAAAUAUAGACUUUAGAAGAGGCAAUGAAGGACAAGGCGUGAGAGGAGGAGAGGUGGUGAAGGAAGCUGUGGCAAAAAGCAUAGAUACCGUCGGGGAUGCCGCUAAAGCAGCAGCGGAAACAGUGCACAAUGUGAAGGAGAGGACCUUGUCGCAGAACAAACAAACACAACGUCAAAACGAGCUCUGAUUCUCUUCUCAUCCUUAACCCGCAACCACACUAGCUGCUUCAUUUCUUAUACUUUCUAUUGCUCAUAAUAAAUAUAAAUAUCUGUAACAAGCUCAAGCUGUAUCAAGUUGUUUCAACGUUCAAACACUUGUUAAUAACAUAAGAUGUGUCUGUUUUAGUCAAA